UGGAAAUAAGGCAUUUCUUUCGCUAUUGAUCGUCGAAAUGCCUGUUUCCCCAUACCAUCGCGAGCUUUGGCUGCUGUGUCAAUUAGUUUCUUGUGUUGUGUCCACUCUUCGUCCGAGGAGAGAAUUGCUUCCUUGAAGAAUGCCGGGGCGGUUUCGCCCAAGCUGUAGGGGAGGGGAAUGACCUGCAUGGCUGCGUGCAUUUUCCUUUGGGGAGCCGCGGCGUUCUCGUAGAAUACUACGUCUCGCCCUUGGUCGUGGUACAUUCGUGUCAAGGAUUUCAUGAAAUUUCGGAUCUCCUCCCAUUCAUCGUCGUCACACUCCAAUAGAUUGGUUCGAUGCUGUAUAGGUACAAUGACUGCACCACCUUCGCUAAGUUCUGGCUCCGUUGGUAAUGUGAGGUAUACACGUGUCGCCAGAGAGAUUAUAGGAGCAACCGGUGGUUGGUUCGUGUCCUCGUGAUGACAAAGCUGGCAAUUGUCCAAAAUUCUAUUCAUCUUUUGAAAAUCGCCAAUUGCGGCAUUCUUCAAGUUGAUUUCGGAUUUCUGCACUCGUUUCGCAAGUUUGUUUGCGUUGUCGUCCAUAUAAUCGAGAUCGUCGUCGAAUUUUCCGUCUUUAGCAAUUCGUUCUGCGGCUCUCAUACCCUCGCCACCAGCUUGAUUUCUGGUUCUCCGCUCUUCCCUGACCAUAUCUUCUAUACUCAUGUCCUCAUUUUCUUCAACGAAACCUCUCUCCCGUCCUCUUUUAUUAUCAAUGGACUUGACCUCACCACGAGUGCCAGCUAGCAGUCGAUUAUCCAUCUUACCCAAAACCACCACUCCCGAACUAGGAUUUUUUCCAUAAUUGGCCAUGGCCUCAUUGUACUCAGCUUCCAAUUUGGCAGCAUCGGGUGACUUCUUCAACUUGGCUUUCAUAAGUUUUGCCUUCAUCCGAUUUAAUGUUGAAGCAUCCAAUGAUACUGGAGUUGGCUGUGACUCCUCCAUAACCUGUCCUUGUGGUAAUGGGUCGUUUGGUGGAGCCUCGCUUUUCUCUUUAAUGCCCAGUUCCAACUUUCUCUCUCUGAAUAAUUCCCCGGUAGGCUUCUCUUUUCCAACAUAUCCCUCUCCAUAAAGAUGUCGUCGAUCCAGUUCAAUCUGUUCCUCUCUCGCAGCAUCAAAUUCCCGUAAUCCACCGAAUCUUUCUAUAGCAACCUCAUCCACACUCCUUCCACUCUGCUCUGCCUGGGUAUAAACCGUCUUGAGCUUCAUCAUGCGCCAUUGAGCUCCCGAAUCACCAAAUUCAUAAUCGAAAUCAUCUUCCUCGUUCUCGAUAUCCUCCAGCUUCUUCCCGUCCGCCAAAUCCUGGAGGUGAAUAUUCAAUUCAUUCUUAUGAAUCUUCAAAUCGUAAUCCGGCUUCGACGGCGCCUUUUUCUCAACCUUCUUUACACCCUUCUGUGUAUAAUCAAUAUCCAUUGCGGACGGCGCAGUCAUCCAAUCAUCUCGAACUAGCUUAGGCGUAUUCAACGGCACUUCAUCAUCUGGUAAUGGCAGGUCUUCGUGAGGAUCUCCGGAUUUCUCAUGUUUGCGAUUUUUGCGAUCGUCCCUCUCAUCCUCCUUCGAAUGCCUCGACCGUUUGUGUCUAUGAUCAUCUCGUUCCGGAUCAACAUCUCGUCGGUGCCUGUGUUUCGAUCGAUGCCCUUCCCUGUCUGAACCAUCAUCGUCUCUGGAUCUGUGAUGUUUUGAUCGAUGUCGAUGUUUAUGUUUGCGCUCCUUAUCCCGGCUAUUUUUCUCUUCCGCUUUCUCCCUAGCUUUCUUUUCCUCCGCCAAAGUCUUCUCAAAAUCGUCGAGUCCGUCCAUAUUGAAAGUGGCUGGGAAGUGUUGUGAGGUUUUUUGGGAGAGUUCACCCCAGAUUUAAGAGGCUGAAGCUCAGGCGCGCGUCAGGGGUCGUCAAGGCUUCGAAGCACCCCGCCUCAAACCCGCAUACAAUUUUUGCUCGCGUCAAUCCAGCUUCAACACCCCGCAAUCACAAAACAACAUCAAUCAUGGCCACACCUCAAGCUCCCCAGGGCACCCAGCCCGUAUCCAUCGUAUGCGUAGGAAUGGCGGGUACAUAUUUCCUCAUCUCAACCCUCAAACGAACCAGACUCUAACCCUCCCUCUCAGGCUCCGGAAAAACCACCUUCAUGCAAAGAAUAAACUCCCACCUCCACGCCCAAAAAACCCCUCCCUACGUGAUAAACCUCGACCCCGCCGUGCGAAACGUCCCCUUCGACAGCAACAUCGACAUUCGCGAUAGCGUCAACUACAAAGAAGUCAUGAAAUCCUACAACCUCGGUCCCAACGGCGGCAUCCUCACAUCCCUAAACCUCUUCGCCACAAAAAUCGACCAGAUCCUCACCCUCCUCGAGAAGCGAACCUCGCCUGACCCCGCGAAGCCAGACGCGAAGCCCAUCAAGAACAUCCUGGUCGACACACCCGGUCAAAUCGAGGUCUUUGUCUGGAGCGCAAGUGGAGCUAUCUUGUUAGAUUCCCUAGCUUCAACGUUCCCGACUGUAAUCGCUUAUAUCAUCGAUACCCCACGGACAGCUUCGACGAGUACCUUUAUGAGUAACAUGCUUUAUGCAUGUAGUAUUCUUUACAAGACCAAACUCCCCAUGAUCCUAGUCUUCAACAAAACGGAUGUCAAAGACGCGGAAUUCGCCAAGGAGUGGAUGACGGAUUUCGAAGCCUUCCAAGCAGCGCUAAAAGAGGAAGAGGAAGCUGGGAGUUUUGGCGGCGAAGCUGGUGGGAUGGGGGGGAGUGGGUAUAUGGGUUCUUUGCUGAACAGUAUGAGCCUUAUGCUGGAGGAGUUUUAUAGCCAUUUAAGUGUGGUUGGUGUGAGUUCCAUGACUGGAGCCGGAAUCCCAGAGUUUUUCGAAGCCGUGGAAAAGAAAGCGGAGGAAUUCAACCGAGAUUACAAACCUGAGCUGGAACGUAAGAAGAAGCAGAGAGAAGCUGAGAAGCUUGCAAACCGAGAGAAGGAAUUAGGGAAGUUGAUGAACGAUAUGGCUGUAUCUGGUGAACCUUCCAGCCGAAAGCUUCCAGCAUCUCGACCAGAUGUGGAUAUGGAGGUACUGAGCGAUUUGGAAGACGACGAGGAGGAAGAGGAUAAGAACGAUGACGCAAACCUGACCUCUAGAUAUAAGAACGCUCUUGACGAAUCUGGAUCAGGAAAACCAGACAAGGACGAUCACAGCUUUACAAGAUAUAUCCGGGCGAGCCAAAUGACGGGGUAGCAGUAAAAUUUGAGCAGGAAGGGAAACAUUAGGUAGAGGGCAAAAUGGCGUUGGGGUAUACGGAUACUUAGCAUGGUCUGGCGCAAUUGUGA